AUGCCUAUGAAACUCGAAGGAAGCUGCCAAUGCGGCGGCGUCGAAUUCUCCCUCGACUCGUCCACCCCAGUCCCCUACCAGCUCUGCGCGUGCAGCAUCUGCCGCAAGAUCGGCGGGUAUGUUGGGUGCGUCAACCUCGGUGGAAUCGCGGAUAGUUUGAAGAUUAAGAAGGGAGAGAAUUUGAUCAAGAAGUACAACGCCGUCAAAGCGCGCGGCACAAAGGACGAGGAAAAAUGCACCUCGGAGAGGAACUUCUGCUCCAACUGCGCGACGAUGCUCUGGCUCUGGGAUAAGAGCUGGCCUGAACUGAUUCACCCGUUUGCGUCGGCGAUUGAUACGGAGUUGCCGGUUCCUGAUGAGAUGGUUUGUAUCAUGGAGGACUCGAAACCGGCGUGGGCCAGGUACCCCGAGGGGAAGAAGCAGGUGUUCAAGGAGUACCCGUCGGAGAGCUUGGAGGAUUGGCACAAGAAGCAUAAUUUGUUCUAUGAGUAA